UAUUAGCACAGCCUGCAAUCGCUGGCGAGAGGGUGUUAGCGCAUCUCAAAGACAUGGAACGUCACGUGCGAAGUCACGUCACUACUAGUGCACAUCUAGUCUGUAGAAAGAACUCUUCAUGAGGAAAAGGAAAAGGGUCGGAGGGGGGAUGACACCCGGAUAUAAUGAAUACUAUAAAGAACCCAGUCGCGUUCUAAUAGAAGGUCACGUGCCGGGGGCCGGAACCAGAUCUUCAACAUGGGCCUAUAAUCAUAAACUGCACCAAGCUGGCUGUCCUGUUAUUGCGGGGCCCAAGGCCCAUUUUUCGGGGUCACGGCAUAUCACAGAAUAUGCGUUUAUCCCCAGGACACGCCAUGACCCAGGGGCUUCAGCACUAGUGUUUUGCAUUUCAUGCUUCAGUUAUAUAGCCGUUCGCUAUGAUUCGACGGCGCAAACCCCCCUACAGCAUCCAGCUGAUCCUGUCUCCAUCCCCAACUACAGGCAUAGCCAGUUGUACCAGGAUAAAACAUCCGAUCAACGAGCAAGACUAUACAACGGACAUAAAGGCGCGGCCCGUCCUUCCGCGAGUUAUGAGUAUACUGCUAAUCGUCAAUUAGUGUUUUGGUAUAUCCAGCGCCCCGGCGAGACCGAGCAGGCGCCAUGCCAUGUUAAUAGUUUAAACCGUGUAUUUCAGUAUAUAAUACUCGGGGCUGCUUAUGGUGAUUCCAGGCCCUUGGAGAACAAGGCCAGCUCCGUGUGAGAUCAUCUUGAAGAAUCUAUCACGAUCCCUCGCUCUGACUUAACCUAGUAUGCACUUCGGUAAGUCUCCUCGAUACGUAUUCUGUCAUGAUUCAUGUCAGACAUGUCUAAUGAUCAUUCCAGAAGCACAGUAGCAGCAAAGUAGCCAGAAUCAAGUUUUUCUCUCUCUGAAAGCAGGAGCAAUAAUGAGAAGAAUUCUGCGUGGA